AUGAAGAGCAAGCCUGCUGAAACCUGCUCUGAUAAAGAGCCUGUCGGCACGCUUGGCGAGCCUUCUGUUGACGCUAUCGAGGAUGCUGGGGUUCCUGGGUCCUCCAGCCUCAUCCUCGAUGAGGCGACCAACAAGCGCAUCCUCCGCAAGAUAGACUACAAGUUGAUGCCCGUCCUUUGUAUCACCUAUGCACUUCAGUAUUAUGAUAAAGCCGUCAUCUCCCAGGCAGCUAUCUUUGGCUUUCGACGGGAUCUUGACCUUGAAACCGGCCUACGCUUCUCCUGGGCCACCCUUAUCUUCUACUUUGGCCAUAUGGUUGGCAUGUACCCGUGCUCCCUUCUCGCUCAGCGGUUUCGGCCCCGGCCUAUCUGUACGUCCCUUACUAUCAUAUGGGCGCUUAUUAUCCUCACGACGCCUGCAUGUAAGUCAUAUUCCGGUAUUCUCAUUAACCGCUUCUUCCUCGGCCUUGUCGAAAGCGGCGUGAGCCCUAUCUUUAUGAUAGUCAUUGGCCUGUGGUAUACCAAGCAAGAGCAUAGCGUGCGUAGCGGCUGGUGGUAUUCCUGUAGCGGUGGAAGCCUACUGAUUAGCCCGCUUAUUAACUUUGGCCUCGCCCAUAUCGAGUCUGGCCCCCUGGCCCCCUGGCAGUAUAUGUUCCUCGUCGCUGGCCUUAUUACCCUCGUGUGGGGCAUCGCCCUGAUUUGGAUCUUCCCAGAUACGCCAGAGGAGGCUAAGGGCUGGUCCCCCGAGGAUAAGGCGUUACUGCUUGAACGAAUCCGCCGGGAUAAUGGUGGCUCUGAGAACCGCCAGUUUAAGGCCGCCCAAGUAUGGGAGGGCGUGCGUGAAUAUCAGUUCUGGGCCCUAGCGAUGAUGGCGCUACUCGCUAAUACGGGCGCCGCUACUCUAUCAACCUUUGCCUCUAUCGUCUUUGCCGGUAUGGGCUUCAGUUUACACACCUCGCUCCUGCUCAACAUCCCCUUCGGCGUCUUCGCUUUCGGCUGCGUUCUCUCAGCCGCGUGGCUUGGCUCGACCCGCGUCGGAAGACUAUAUACUUGCUGCAUUGCCACCGUGCCUGUAAUGCUAGGCUGCUGCCUCUUGUGGCGUCUCCCGAUGUCGAGCCGGGUAGGCCGCAUCAUCGGCGUGUAUCUCGUCUCCUUCUUUUCGUCGUGCUGGCUGCAGGCUAUCUCUCUAGGCACCUCCAACGUUAUGGGGUACUCCAAGAAGGGCUUCUAUGCGUCUGGCAUCUGGAUCGGUUACUGCAUCGGCAACAUCGCCGGGCCGCUGCUUUUCCAUGCCCGAUACGCGCCGCGCUACGGUGAAAGUUUUAUCGGCAUUCUCAUCUUCUUUGCCACCCUUGCCGGACUCUCGCUCUUCUUGAGAUUCUUUCUUGAGAGGCGGAACAAGCGACGCGACGAGAAGUACGGAAGCCCAGAUUUUCAAGACGGCCUGGAGGAUAUCACGGAUAGAGAGAACAAGUCUUUCCGAUACAAGUUGUAA